GCGCAUAAUAUCUCUGAUGAAACACCCGAAUUAUUUUAAAUUUGUAAGCGAACACACCCGCCUGAUGACAUUUCUUAUCUGACAUUUCUUUUUGAUAAACACAAACUGCAAAUUGUAAACACAUGUGAUUUAUUUUUUUAAAAACACUUUAAAAUUUGGAAAUAAACAAAAAAUGACUGAAAUUUGGAACGAAGUUGAUCUUAAAAUACCGCCACUCAUAACAAUUAAAGUAUCAGAUGUAACCUUUGCAAAACAAGUUCGUUCUAUAUUUUUGAAACGAAAGACUUCCGAAUUCGACUAUCUGCAAGAUGAGAUUGCUAACACAGCAGCAUUACUCUCACGUUUGAUGGCACGCCGUAAGAACUCCUUCCACAACAUGAGUGGUUUCAAAUCCGUUUGUAAACUCAACUCUGCACUAAGCCGUCUUCUAAAACUUGCUGUUGAAAAAAGCCUCAAUAACUUCUUCCAAAUGCUUCCUGACUCAACAUCAUACAAUGAAGUACCAUCGAGGAAUAGUUUCGAUUAUAUUUUAAUACGAUUAAUUUCUGUGCAUAAAAUAUUCCAACGCAUUUCUUACUGUUGCCUAGAAUCUGCUCAAUAUUUUAACAAACUAAUGAAGAAAAAUUUCUUCAUGGACACCAUUGCACUUUUUCUAGCUACCAUUGCAAAACUUUGGGAUUUAACUAAUAAACUUGGCAAUACUUACUCAGAAUUUUAUAGAAAAUUGUUGCAAUUUAGAAAAUGUUUUCCACAAAUGGAUUCACACAGCAGUUUUGAAAAUGUCGUCUUUCCCAGAGAGCUUGAAAAAUUCACCAUGCAACAACAGCCGACAUCAACUGAAAAAGAAGUUUCCAACACCACCGAAUCCACUUCUACCAUAACAAUGCACAAGGAAUUGCCUCAAGCUCCAUCAGUUCCAGUUGUAAGUGUUCUUCCAAAGCUACAAAAAGAAGAAGACUUGGGAAUGGCCAUUAGCAGAGAAUCAUUGAAACCAGUCAUUGAUUUGAGUCGCAUUCACAAUGUCGAUGAUGUACGGGCAUUUUUCAAAAAGGAAGAUGAAAAACGAAAGAAAUCUAUGAAUUCGUGUGCCACAAAAUAUAUUCUUAAACACGAAUGGCUGGCCAUACAAAAACUGGUCGAGAGGAAAGUAAUUGCAAAUGAUCAUCAAAAAGCUCUCAGUGUUUUUCGAAAGUUUAUUACAAGCAAAACUUAAUGAUAACUUUACGUUGGAGGCACCAUCUUUGGGAAUGUAGGAAUGAUGUGGGUUUGUGUUUUGUAGUUAUGUUUCUGUAAAAGAAA